UUUCGCAGGGCCGGGGAACAAAAAGGUUCUUCUUAGUAAGCACAGAAAUACAUGUAUGCUUACUAACUUGUAAUGAAUCUUAAGGACAAGGUUGGAUUUAUUACUGGCGGAGCAUCAGGUAUUGGUUAUGCCACGGCCGAACUUUUAUUGCAACACGGGGCUAAGGUUGCUAUAAUAGACGUCAACUCGGAGGCUGGGAGGAAAGCCGUAUCAAAUCUGGCAGUGAAAUAUGGGGAAGCAAACGUCACGUUUGUAAAAUGUGACGUCACUGAGGACGGUGAUAUUGAAGAAGCCUUCAAGCAGACUAUUGCCAAAUUUGGACGUUUAGAUAUUAUAAUGAACAACGCUGGUAUCUUAAACGAAAGUAAUUACAAACUGUUGAUAAGCGUCAAUCUGACAGCAGUCAUAACCGGUACUAUGCUGGGGCUGAAGUACCUGCGCAAAGACCAAGGUGGCAACGGUGGCGUUAUACUUAAUAUGUCUUCUAUAUCAGGAUUAAAACCGUCAUUAUGCCUCCCUGCAUACGCUGCAACCAAACAUGGCGUCGUGGGAUACACUCGCUCUAUGGCGAACAGUAUGGCGGCCGAUAUCGAUGUCCAUGGCGUUCGUUUUAACUGCGUGUGCCCCGAAUGCACUGACACGCCAAUGGUGCGGAGCCUGGAAUCUGUAGACAGCCUCAACAGAAGGGGGAUUCACCACGCGCAGGCGCUGUCUAACUACGUCUCAGAAAAUGUGGACGACAUGAUCAAGGCUUCGUACAUCGCGGAAAAUACCAUCAAGCUUCUAGCAGACGAAACCAAAAAUGGCGCUGCGAUGCUUAUCACCAGCAAAGGCGUGGCGUUUAUCGAUCCCCCAGAACACCCGUAUUUUACGGACAGAGCUAAUCUCAAACGAUGAACCUGAAUCAAAACAACUGACACACAGAAGGAGGCGAGAAAACGUAUCCACUGAUAAAGUGAAAGCAAUACGUAUACACAGCAGGCUUUGGUCAGAAAUACAAACAGAUUAUUAGGACUAUGUGCAUGAAUUUGAUGCAUGGGUUCGAUAAUAAAAAAAAGCCAAACAAAAACCUUAGUUGAAUUUUUGUUUUCGUGCAAAGCACUUCACCCACAAAGGUUAUCAAGUUUCUUUAGGGCUAACGUCAUUGGCGCCCUUCACAUAUCCAAAAAAUAUUUUCAACCGCAAACAAAAAGUUCUGUUAUACAGGUUACACAAUUCCAACCAUGUUGCAUGACUCAAGGAUUUGAGUCCACUUUCGUAACUUGAAAACUGUUUAUUGGUUUUAUGGCAACCACUAUGGAGAACUUUGAAAUAAUUUUUUUAUGUCUCUAACUUAGAAAACAUCCCAUCAUUUUUGACAAGAGCGUGUUUGUCUUAAAAUGAGUUGGAUAAAAUAAAGAUGCACAGUUUCCCACUUUUAGUGGCUGUCUUAAACAAGACAGCGUCACACAUACAAUAUAGCUGUCCUCACAGACUCAUAACAGCUAAAUGCUGCAUUUUGUUGAUACAUCGAGUCGUGUCCUUGUGCAUUGUAAAAAAAUGAAGUAAAAACUUGUUAAAAGCGUAGAAAAAAAGCUUGUCAUUGUUGUAAAACACGGGUAACAGGGCAAAAUCUGUUGUUAACGAGACAAUGAUGAAUAUACUGUAAACAGGUUUGAAAAUAAUUCAUACAAGCUCAG